AUGGUAUCGGAGGAAUUUCAAACGCAUGUGAUUAUCAAGUCGUUACAGCAGUUGGGCUAUCAAGAGUUGGCUAACGAUUUGCUCGUCCAGUAUCGAACCAGGAUCCAAAGUCAACAAUCGCAGGAAAUCCCAUCGCUCUUGAACUGGUUUCUUCAAACCUUGAGAACACACAAGUAUCAAGCGAUUGACGACUACUUGCUUCAGGCACUCGAGGGCACCAACAAUGAUCUCGCCGAGUUUGUUGAAUUGACAAACUACCAAGGGCAGGACUACCACUCCCUUGUCUAUGCCAUCUUAUACAUGAUACGGAGGAUCAAUUUUUUUAAAAAUAGAGACAAACUAGACGAGUUGCAAUAUAUUUCAGACAAGUUGCUACCAUUGCUUGAGAGCUUCAAAGCUGCAGAAUUGAAGGACUUGUUCGAGGCAACGAUAUUGCUGAGACUCGAAUUUGAGCAAGAGUCCAAAAUAUUCCUCAACAAAGACAUUUCUACUCAACGCUAUUUUUUCGACUUGCCCAAUGUCGACGACGACUUGAACCUGGUCCAGGAUGCGAUAUUCCAAAAGCUAUUCAUAUUGUCGCCCGUGGUGUUCAACUCCGUCAGAAAUGUCCCCUUGUUGACGACCUUGGUUGAGCAAGCGGUCAAGUACAGACAAUCUCAAUCUCCGCUAUAUCUUCCUCCACGAAGCAAGCAUGACCGCAAAAAGGUCACCGAUCCAUUGGCAAUCAACAGCUUUAACGUCACCAAGUUGAUGCGCACGCUUACCCACCACUCGGACGAAGUUUGGUUCUUGAAAUUUUCCCCGCUGGGGAAAUAUCUCGUGACGGGCUCGUUGGACGGCAGAAUGGUUUUGUACGACGUGCAAGAAAGUUUCAAGUUGAUCAAAAUCCUCGAACCAACCAAUGCCGCCGAUGAUGCUGCCUUUUGCUCGUUUUCAUCAAAGCCCACCAGUGGCAAGACAAAAGCAGUGAUAUACUGCUGCUGGGACCAAAACGAGCAGUAUAUCGUGAGCUGCUGCCUAGAUACCGUGGUUCGAAUCUGGGCCAUUGGAGAUAUCCAUAGAAAGCGAAUAACCCGCAGUGAAGUCCACACUGCUCACGAAAUUAGAUUGAUGACCUGCUUCUCAUUGGGAUCCGAUAUCAAGACAUGGUCUUGUGAGUUUUUGCCGCAAACAAAGGAAGAUGCCGCGAGCUCAUUAACGACCCCGUAUUUCCUCAUUGGUUCUCCCGACAAGGUUUUAAAAGUGUUUGAUUGCCAUGGCGCCGAGAUAUUCGACUUUUACGCCAAUUUGGAAGAAGAAUCUGAUCGCGAUGACUUUAAUUUCUUUCAAAUGAAAACCAACUCCCGUCAUGCCCACGUGCUAGACUUGGCUCCGCAUCAAGAGCACCAUUUGCUUCCUGGCCCGGUUCCUGGUGCCGGUCCUGUUCCUGUUCCUGCUCAUGCUCCGACUCCUGCUCCUGGCCCUGCUCCUGGCCCUGCCCUCAGAGGCGGCGACGAUGUUUCCAUGAAAGAUGCUGAUGAAGGAACUUCGCGCCUUGCUUCAAACGGUGCCGAGAACAAUAAUGAAAACCCAUUUUAUCGCAUCAACGAUCUUGCAGUGACGCCAGACGGCCGAAUCUUAAUCACGGCAAACAACGACCAACAGCUCCAUUUUUUCAGCAUCCCCGAAGUAUUUGACGAAAGUUCAACGAGCAAGAAACUCGCCGCAAUCAACUUGAAAGGAAGGCUCACCUCGUGCUCGGUCUCUUCCAACGGCAAGUACGUCUUGAUAAGCUCAGCACCAGAUGAAUUGCAAGUUUGGGACAUUUCGCCCUUGUACAAUUCGAAACCGCCUAUUCUUUACCGCAGGUAUAUAGGCCACAGUCAGAGCACAUACAUCAUAAGGUCUUCGUUUGGCUAUCUAAACGAAGAAACGGGAGAAGAAGAGCUUGUUUUGAGCGGGAGCGACGACGGACAUGUAUAUUUCUGGAAGUUCCACACGGGACAAUUAAUCACUCGUAUCAAGGCUCACGUCGACUUGUGCAACGCAGUCGACUGGAACUUGAAGGGAGCAAUCACCAAAUCGACAGACUACGGCAAGAUCUGGGGAAGUGUGGGAGACGACAAGUUGGUUAAAAUCUGGGGAGCUUAA